UGAUGCCUGUCUUAUCGGAGGCGAUACGUGCGAAGAGUUUGUUGCGUGCCAAGCCGGAGAAGCGUAGUUUACCUUUAGAAGCCAGAAUGCCUAAUAUCAAGGUAUUUAGUGGCACUUCCCACCCUGACCUAGCUCAGAGGGUCGUGGACCGGCUUGGAAUUGAUUUAGGGAAGGUUGUCACGAAGAAAUUCAGUAAUUUGGAAACGUGUGUGGAAAUAGGAGAGUCAGUUCGAGGGGAAGAUGUGUACAUAGUUCAGAGUGGCAGUGGCGAAAUAAAUGACAAUCUCAUGGAACUUCUUAUAAUGAUAAAUGCUUGCAAGAUAGCUUCGGCUUCUAGAGUCACAGCAGUCAUUCCUUGCUUCCCAUACGCCCGACAAGAUAAAAAAGACAAGGCUCUUAUAGAUGAUGACAGUGUGCCUGCCAGGACAAGAUUUUUAAACAAUGAGUGGAAAUUCAGGAGUCGUGCUCCUAUAUCAGCAAAGCUAGUUGCCAACAUGCUGAGUGUGGCUGGAGCCGAUCACAUUAUCACAAUGGACCUCCAUGCCUCUCAGAUCCAGGGGUUCUUUGACAUUCCAGUGGACAAUCUCUACGCUGAACCUGCAGUCCUCAAAUGGAUCAAAGAGAACAUCACAGAAUGGCGGAACAGUAUUAUUGUAUCACCUGAUGCUGGGGGUGCCAAGAGAGUCACAUCAAUUGCGGAUCGUUUGAAUGUUGAGUUUGCUCUUAUUCACAAGGAGAGGAAGAAGGCAAAUGAGGUUGCAUCAAUGGUUCUUGUAGGAGAUGUAAAAGACAGGGUGGCCAUUCUUGUUGAUGACAUGGCCGACACGUGCGGAACCAUUUGCCAUGCUGCUGAAAAACUGAUGGAGGCUGGAGCUACCAAAGUGUAUGCCAUCCUGACCCAUGGCAUCUUCUCUGGUCCUGCUGUCUCGAGAAUCAACAAUGCUUGCUUCGAAGCUGUAGUCGUAACCAACACAAUACCCCAGGAACAACACAUGAAAGAUUGUCCUAAAAUUAGGUGUAUUGACGUGUCGAUGAUGUUUGCGGAAGCUGUGAGGAGGACACACAACGGAGAAUCGGUGUCAUAUUUGUUUUCAAAUGUUCCUUAUUAAAGUACUGUUUUAUAUUAAGACAGCAUUAUUGGAAUAUUUUCCAAGGAUUGUUAAUAUACAAUAAACACGUCUAAAUAAAAUUUUCACCACUAUGUAAGUGGCUGGAUUAUGGAAGUUAUUUUUUUACUUGCUAUCAAAAAUUUUAUUACUUUAUUAUUAAUUUUUGUUAAAUGAAUGAUUAUUAUUAAUAUUUGAAGUUAAACAUAACACAAUAGUCUUUCUUAAGACGUUGAGAAUGUAACUGUCACAAUUGGUUCUUCUGAAACUGUGAUUAAAUUUAUUAUAAGAGGAAAA